AACGUCCACCAUAUUUAUUAUGGAAUUUAAAGUCGGGCUUUACUAUAUAAAACUCCGAAAUUAAGAAGACUUUGAGAUUGUGCAGCAGGGGGCAGUAGAGAGCGUUCGGCUGGUCGUUUGAGACAGCGAGCAGAGGAGACGAAGAAGAGUUCGAGUUUCCGCGGCACUGUUUAGGUUUGAAUCGACGCUAACGUUUAAUUUCGGUUCGUGUACAAGUUUAGUUUACGUGUCAACAUUGUACUAGUUAUAGGUGUUUAGACAGAUACUUUAACUUAUAGGAUCUUUCUCAAUUAAAUGUCUAGUCUACUAAUUUGUUAAUUCACGUAAAUUAACGUUUAUAUCAACCCAGCUGCUAACUACCUGAUCAAGCUUGUAACAGUAACAACAUUAGAGUGGAACUAGUUAACUGUGCUGUUUGGUUAAUUUGUUAAUGUACAGUAGAUAUGUUAAAAGACAAGUAAAUAAAUACGGUUGCAUAAAUGCGGUUAAGUAACUAGCUAGAAAUAUUAGAAGUAUCGAAAAACAGUCAAGUGCCUAGGCUAGCUAGGUUAUUGCUAGCGUUUGAAACAUACAUGUUAACUAAUUAACGUCUGUAGGGUAUCUAACGGUCUCAUUUCCAUCACGCAGCCUGAACUGCAAUGACUCUUGCAGUGGCGAUGGAGAAGAAGCCAAACACAAUAAAGCAGACUGCUGCCAAGAUAAAGACAAAAAUUCACAACACGUCAUCGUUCUUCAAGCUCUCUUUGAAAACCAACAACAAGGCCCUUGCCUUGGCUCUGGUCGCCCAGAAACUGAAAUCCAAGCAGUUUGAAACAGAAACAGUGCGCUUACAGAAAGAGCUGCAGAGCCGGAUCUUUGACCUUGCCGUCCAGCGUCAUAAAAAUAAACAAAUGUUUAUGGUUCUGCGUGAGUUCUAUAAUAACUCCAUCAACUGCAUGGCUAAGGCAGUGGACCUUAUUUCCAGAGAAGAGGGUGCUGAGAGCUGGGACACGGAGAUCACUGAAGAUGCUUCUCAGACUGAGAAAGAUUUACCUGCAUUGGUACCUGACCAGAAAAACCGAACCAGUCUAUCCAACUGUUGGCAGCAGAAGAACGUCCAGGGUCCUGGUGGAAAUGUUUCAAUGGUGAAUGAUGGUCAACAUCAUAGUUCUUCACCUAAACGAGAGGAUAAGCCUCCCAGUUCAGAGAUUGACCAUACAGCACCUCAAAAUACUCUUUACGACUCAGAGAUGGAGAUGACUGUAGUUGACAAUGUCGCUGAAAUUGUCACAGUUCAGACCAAGCCAAAGAAAAACUGUAAGGCUGCUCAGAGAAAAACUAGAGAAAUCAGUGAGUCUUAUUCAGCAAGGAGUAGAGAGCACAUUGUGCUUAAUUAUGAUGAAGCAGCCGUGGAGUCGUCUUGUCUAAAGGAUACAACUGCGAGUACGUCUAUGCAAACAUCCUGCGAAACACAACUCCAAACAAGUACACACACCUUCACUAGCAGCAAUGAAGAGGAGAGUUUGCCUCAGAGAGUGGAGUCUCUGCAGGAGGAGAAAGAAUCAGUCACUGCACGCAGAAAGACUCAUGUCACCUCUCGUAACACAAAAAGCAACAGGCGACUGAAUUCUCAAAAAUACGCUGCAGGACAAACCGAUACAAGGAAAAUUUACGUAAUCUCUCCACAUGAGUCCAGCUUUAUUUGCACCAGUGAUGAUUUAGAUGAUUAUUUUAGUGACCAAGAAGUAAAUAAUCAGAGAAGGAGCAAGGAAAUUUUAUCCGAGUUUAAUGUGUCUAAAGACAAAGGCACUGAACAUGAAGCUGAAAUGCUGAAACCCGAGAACAACAGUGCAAACAGCAGGAAAACAUACGUAAUCCCACCACAGUGCAGACAGACUAAAGUGUCAUCUUUCAGUAUGGAUCAAUGUGUAAAGGAGAGUGCUGAAUUAAUUGAUGUUCACAUUGAUGACAAGGAAAUCUGGGUCCAUGCAGAAAAAUGUCAAAGCAAACAGUCAACUCAGUCAUUCUCUCAGAAAGAAGAAUGCGAUACACUGAGAAACAGAGGAACAUAUGUGAUCCAUACAGGUCAGGUGUCUGCCUGCAGUGACCUCUUGAAUCGUACAUUAGACAUUCAUGCAAAUGACCCAUCUGGGGAAACAACAAAUGCACUGACUUUGGAAAGCAUACAUGACGCACAGUGUACCUCAGGAAUGAUUAAGGGGCAGCAAUCAGAGCAAGAGGUGUGUCAUCAACCUGAAAUCCAAAGGUUUUCUAAACAUUCAAGGGCUGUCUGUGAUGAAAAGCUUUUAGAAAAUUCCUCUGAUCGUUCUCCAAUAGGGCACACUAAAGCCAAGAAGCCCAAGACAAUAGGGAUGAAAGAAAGAAAGAAGAAUUUUUCAACAAGAGAAAAUUCAUCUGGAAAGAAAAGAAGACACAAGUAUAGCUCUACUCCAAUUGAUGAAAUUUUACCAAAAAUAAUUCCAGUACCAGGUGACAAUAUAAAUAAAAACAACAAUUCCCCUAACGUAUUAAAGGGGGAAACAGAAGGGUUCAAUUCUUCUGCUCUCGAGGAAGCCUUUAUGGAUGAGCCUGUAAUUGAGACUGGGGAUACAAACAGCGCUCAUGUGAGACACUUUAACCAUAAUGAUGACUUGGAUACCAUUAAUGACAUUUGCAUAAAUUCAAAGUAUGUCAGUCCAAAGCGUCACAGUAUCCAAAACCACAAGAGCAAGUGCAGAGAAACCUAUGUUGUUUUGUCCAAUUGCAGUUCGCAGUUAAAGGGAAAGGAAAACAUUCUGGUUUUCAGCAGCAAUGAAAAGAGUUUAGUUGCAAAUAGAGAAAGUGGGAUUUCUUUUGUUACAGAUAGGACAUUUGUUCCUCAUCAUGACAGUGACAGCCAGUCAACCCCAAGAAAAGCAGAGCAGCUUAAGCAGAAACACAGUGGAUUAUUCUCUGAGGACAGGCCUCCAUGGGAAUCCCUCAAUUUUGACUCUUGUGGGAGUUUUACUUAUGACAGUGCUGUCUCUAACCAGAGGGAUUCACAAAAGAUUUCAUCACAAACUAUGGACAUUUAUGAGGAACCUGGGUUGAAUGUGUCACACCAAUCUCCAGUUAUAGAUGGGAGGGCAAUGAAGAGCUUAACAAACACAGACCUGACAGCCAAUCCAUUAAGUCGAUCCCGCAGGAGGGCAGCUGCUGUGUCAUACAAGGAGCCGACUCUCAAUUGCAAAAUGAGGCGUGGGGACAAAUUCUCAGACACCAGAUUUUUAAGUUCUCCAGUGUUUAAAGACAAAAAGAAAAACAUAAAGAAAACCACUAAGUAAACCCCCGUACACACUGUGAAUAGAAUUUGUACAUUUAACAUACAGUUCAUCUUUGUUUUAAUUGUAUUUCUUUUUUUUUUAAUAUCUCAAUAUAUUUUUGCAUUAGCAUUUUUAUAAUUUAAAUGACCUCUCAUUACAGUGUAAUUUGCAGAACACUUUGUUUAAGUGGCCUAUGAAAUUCCAUCUCUGUAUUGGUUGCUAUGUUACCAAUAGAGUAUUGACGUGCCUGUCAGGUAGUGAAUGAAUAAUUCAGAUAGUGUGUUCACCUGAGAUGUGUACUGUUGCUGCAGAAUAGAGUUGUCUUUGCACCUUAUAUAAUACACCGUACCAAGUGGUUAGAUUGUUGGUUUUUUUUCUUGUUCGUGUUGAACGUGUUCAGGAGCUUUUGGUGAGUUUGACUGUUUUAUUCUUUCAGUCAGAUUAAAAGUCUUUUUUCACCCAGAUUAAACUAAUUUUUGUGUACUGAUUUUGAAAGAAUGUACAAUUUGCACACAUUUCAACAUGUAACUUGUAAAUUUCAGUUUGUAUUGGACUUCACAGAUGUCCUUUUGAAGUCGUAUGCCUAGGCUGAUUUUCCUGUACUUGGCAAAACAAAACAGGAUUUCACAUUUUCACUGUGUAAUAUUAUAGCCCUUAGACACAGAUUAACCAUGAGGUUAAUGUUGUUCUCUUUUAGUGUACAGUGCUUUUUUUUUCUUUAAUAUUAUUUCAGUGUGCACAUUUGGAAAUAAAUGUCCACCUGAUCCAGU